CUGAGAGUGUGAUAGCACAGAGGAGAGGGCAGUAGAUGGAGACAAAGUUUGAGGGGAGAGUAAAGAGAUAGUGACAAACAGUGCAGUGAGAGAUAGCCUACAGUCUUCAAAAUCUGCAGAGGCGAGGGAGAUAAGUGAUAAAGAGAAAGAAGAGGCAGAGCAAGCAGGCACAAACAGACGUCUAUUUUUUUCCUCUUCAGAGCAUGGUGGCAGAGUGCACAUGGAUUUAGUCGACCUCUACCUCCCAGAGUGUUUCACCUACCACUCUGACACAGAACAUUUGGACAGGAUGUCAGUGAGGGGCUUGGACCCCACCUGUCCCUCCACUAUAAAGCGUGAGCCCUCCAGCCCCAGCCCCAGCUCUCAGGGCGACGUCAGCCCGGCCCAGCCCAGUCCUGGAAGCUCUUCCUCUGACACAAACUCCAGCUACGGGCCCCUGAUCAAAGGCCAUCACAAUCACAGCAAUGGGCUGGACUCGCCAGGCCUCUAUGGUCACGCAGCGGCAUUGACCAACAAUGGAGGGGCAAAUAGGAGGUUUGUGGAGGAAGAAAGCCAAGUGAAGUGUGAAUUCAUGCUGGGCUCGGUGGCCAAGCGCGUGUGUCUGGUGUGCGGUGACGUUGCCUCGGGCUACCACUAUGGCGUGGCCUCCUGUGAAGCCUGUAAGGCCUUUUUUAAGAGGACCAUCCAGGGUAAUAUUGAAUACAGCUGCCCAGCAUCCAAUGAAUGUGAAAUCACCAAGAGAAGGAGAAAAUCCUGCCAGGCCUGUCGAUUUGUGAAAUGUCUGUCUGUAGGCAUGUUGAGAGAAGGUGUGCGUCUGGACCGGGUUCGAGGCGGCAGACAGAAGUACAAGAGGAGAAUCGACGCUGAGAACAGCCCGUAUCUGCACCCACAGAAUGCCUUGCCUCAAAAAAGAACAUUCAUUGUUGGCGGUGUGGUAGAAAACAAGGUGGUGUCUCUGCUGCUGGUGGCCGAGCCAGAGGGCAUCUUCGCCAUGCCGGACCCCACUGUACCUGAGAGUGACAUCAAGGCUCUGACCACGCUGUGCGACCUGGCUGACAGAGAGCUGGUGGUCAACAUUGGCUGGGCCAAACACAUCCCAGGCUUCCCCUCCCUCUCUCUGGCGGACCAGAUGAGUCUACUGCAGAGCGGCUGGAUGGAGAUUUUGAUUCUUCGAGUGGUGUUCCGCUCGCUGGCCUUGGAGGACAAGCUGGUGUACGCCGAGGACUACAUCAUGGACGAGGAGCAGUCAAAGCUGGCUGGGCUGCUCGACCUCAACAACGCCAUCCUGCAGCUGGUGAAGAAGUAUAAAGCCAUGGGGCUGGAGAAGGAGGAGUUUGUGGUCCUCAAGGCUAUCGCGCUCGCUAACUCAGACUCCAUGCAAAUUGAGGACUGCGAGGCAGUCCAGAGACUCCAGGACGUCCUUCACGGGGCCCUACAGGACUACGAGGCCACCCACCACCCAGAGGACCCUCGGCGGGCCGGCAAACUGAUCAUGACCCUCCCUCUCCUCCGUCAGACGGCUGCUCGUGCUGUCCAGCACUUCUGCAGCAUCAAACAGGACGGCCGUGUGCCCAUGCAUAAACUGUUCCUCGAACUGCUGGAGGCCAAAGCCUGACCCGAACACAGACAGCCAUCAGCCUGGUCCUGCCCCCCGACGCAGCGGGUGAGGAUGACAGGGAGUGAAGGAUAACGGGUAAUGGUGGGGUUUGACACUAUGUAUUUUUCCAUUUCAGCUUUGACAAGUUUUGAAUCUGCAAUCGCCGGGAAGUAUGUUCUGUAGGCAAGCAGAUGGAACAGUUUUAGAGCAACAUCCUUCCUACUCCCAAUGAAAGAAUGAAAUUGAAUGGAGCAGUUUAAUUUGCAUUUAGUGUCUCCUUGACAUUGUCAUCUUUGCUGUUUGUGACACUAAUUUAAGCGUGUUGACCUGCUUCGAAAGUUCGAAGGCAGGCGGACAGGGAGCAUUAAAGCAGAAGAAAUCGCCUUCUAGAGAUAUUUACAGUAACAUGCCAAAAGUAGAGCUUCUUUUGUCAAAUGACCACCUGGUACUUGAAGAUCCUCAUGGAUUAUUUCAUUUGUUUUGAAGCCUGUUAAUCUGCAUUCUAGAGCCUUUUGAUGAUUUGAUAUUGUUUUCCUUUUUUUGUAUAGAAAGGUAAAUGUGUCCUUAGAGGUAAGUCUUGCCAAAGAGUAAAGACUCAUACUUUUAAUACCAGCAUAUGGCCACAGUAAUAUAAUAUGGCCAUUAAGACAUUUCAUGUAAACCUGCAUCCCUGCUGUGUUGUGUAAUCCAAAAGUAUCUAUUCAGUACAUUCAUAUAUAAAUAAUUAAAGGGAAGCUAUUAAAUCUCAUAAAACAAUAACUGGCCUCCUGAUUUUAGUAGAAAAUGUCAGGGAAAUAGUACUUAAUGAUACAUGAUACAAUUGUACGAUAGCAAAGUGAUAUUUAUUUAAAAGUGGCUCUGUUCGUUUGCUGUUUUUUUAUUUACUAAUGUGGCAUUAAUGAAGAGUAGAUUAAAGCAAUUACAGUGGAUAAUAAUUUUUUUAAAGAUUUUUAAAUGAUAUUUAAAUGAAUAAUUUUUUUACUAGCUUCUCUGCUACAGCACUGAUACCUAUGUGUACCAUAUCAUGAAAUUCAAGGCAACAUGAUUACGAGUGCGUACUUGAAGAUCAUAAUGUUGUAGAGUUGUGGUAGACGCGUAGAUAUAACUUUAACUAUGUAAAAUUGCUGCCAUACUGUAUAAUCUGGAUUAGCGAGGCAUUUGAUGUCUUUUCUACUGUAGAAGUCUAUGUGUAGGAUGAAAUUUGUGCACACAUUUUUCCUUUUAGCCAUAACGUUUGGGGAAACUGGUGAUGGCGCUCUGUUAAUCUGUUAGUGUGUUUUGUGUGAAGAGUAGUCAUAUCUGAAAUUUGUCUUUUUUUUCGCACACAUUAAAUGAAGGGAUGAAACUUGGAAGGAAAUUCUGUACAAUGAAUAAAACGUCUUGCUACUUUAUUUUACUCAAGGUACUGUGGCGCUACAAUGUGCAUAUUUUUGUGACAAGAUGAUUAAAUGUAUGUACUGUACGUUUUGCUGUAUAUACGUCAUGUCUUAUGCCAACAGAGAUGUUUGAAGAUGCAAAUAAGCUUUGUUUGGAUGAGCUGUGCCGUGCUAUUUCAUUCUCAGGUGGA